AUGAAGGGUGGCCGAUUAUGGCAAAGGGCAUCGGCUGGUGGUGGGCCGGAGAAUCCUCAGGAUAGUGUCACACCUUCAGCCGCUGCGGAAUCGUCUAUGGCGCAGGCAGAUGCAGAGCCUGAGAGUGCCACACCAAUUCCGUCAACACCCCAAUCAACUCCAGCCAAUUCAGAGGCUUCGUGCACUGCACAAGAGCCAGCUGCACCAGUUGCAGUCCAAGAUGACAAACCACAACAAGUUGUUAUACCAGAAUUCAAGCAAGUUCACUCCAAUGAUAUUUUCAGUCCCGGAAAUAAGCCAUUCGAAUUGACACUACUAAUAGUCAGUCACGGGUUGGAUUCAUUGGGUACAGCAAAACAUUUCGCAGUUGGUGAAGUUGGACGAGUCUACCGACGUCGAUGGAUAAUCGUUGCAGUAGUCGCAAUAUUGGCGAGUUCAAAUUCGAUGCUUUGGAUUGCAUUCGCAGCUGUUGAUAAUCACGCGACUGUAUUCUAUAAAGCCAACGCGUCGUGGUUCGCGCUUGUUUAUUUGAUAUUCACAGUGCCAGCGGGUGCCGUCGCCAUGUCAAUGGAUCGUCGUAUUGGAUUGAAGGGGUCGCUCAUGAUCGCUGCAUGGACCAAUCUUACCGGUGCUACUCUCCGAUUCCUGAGUUCAUUCCUGGGUGAAUCAAUCCGGUUCAAGUGCGGUUUACUCGGACAGGUGCUUGCAGCAUGGGCAUAUCCUUUCAUUAUGUUUCUACCAACCAAGGUCACUAACACUUGGUUUCCAACCAACGAGCGUGCAAUCGCCACAACUAUCCAGACCAUGUCGAAUCCGUUGGGCGUUUUCACCGCAAACGUCCUAUCACCACUAAUUGUUACAAAGGCCGAUAAUGUGAGAAUAAUGAACGCAAUACUGUUCGUUCCACCACUGCUGGCUUGUAUUGCCGCUACAGUGGGACUCUCAGAAUCACAACCAAAAGUACCGCCAAGCUUCAGUGCAGCUCAAGCUCAAAUAGGAUUUCGGGCCGGACUGAGAAAGUGCUUCACAAGCAGAUCGUAUUUGCUGUUGCUGAGCACAAUGGGCGGUGGUAACGCUAUGUUCACGUCGGUCUACUCCAUAAUUCACGUACUGCUCUGUCCAUCCGGUUACUCGAAUCGUUUUAUCGGUUUUUGUGGUGCCUUGAUGAUUGGAUCGGGCAUCGUUGGUGCGAUGGUUUCAGGAAUAAUAGCAGCACGGACACGAUGGUUCGAGCAAAUAAUGAAGGUCUCUGUUGCAUUCACUGGCCUCAGUUUCUUACUGUUUCUUCAGGCAACGCUUCAUCCAAAUAUGGAAUGGUUAUUAGCGUUCGCAGCUGCGAUGUUCGGAAUUUCCGGACUGGCUGCAUAUCCGGUUGGACUUGAACUGGCCGCCGAAUGUACGUUUCCGGCCUCGCAGACCACUUCGAUGGGUUUGGUGGUUAUAUCUGGACAGGCAUUUGCAGUGGCGCUCUUGCAAAUUGUUCGAACGACCUCACGUCGCCUUCAGUACGACCGUAUGCAAAUUCAAACGUGCACUACAGCUGAGGCAAAAACAAUUGUGCCGUUCGAUAACACAUUCCCUGUUAUGAUAAUGUCAGCAGUUGCUACAGCAGUCGUAUUACUGUUUUUCGCGUUGUAUCGAGCAAAUUAUCGACGUUCGAUCCUGGAACGACGCAAUCUGAAAGAGCAGCAAUUAUUACAAGCAAUACAACAACAAUCGUCGCCAAAUAAAAAAGAUUCACCUACUGAAAUUAAUGUUGAAAUGGAACCUUUGAAAUGA